AGCGUGCUCUCUGUACCCGCUGCGCAUGCGCUAGAGGGCGGGCGCGAGGUCCCAGCGCCUGCGCAGCCUGCGCCCUCCCAGCAGCCUCCAGCGCAAGAUGGCGUCGUGGGAAUCCUUGCCACUGGCUGUGUGAGGAAACGCCGAGUGACCGCGUCCGCCGCCGGGUUCCAGCCCCGCGUUGCUCCGCGAGGAAGCAGAGGGUGAGCCCCGGCGGAUGCGAUGGCCACCGUGGUGGCCAAGCGGGAAGGGCCGCCGUUCAUCAGCGAGGCCGCUGUGCGGGGCAACGCCGCCGUCCUCGAUUACUGCCGGACCUCGGUGUCGGCGCUGUCGGGGGCCACGGCCGGAAUCCUCGGCCUCACCGGGCUCUACGGCUUCAUUUUCUACCUGCUCGCCUCCAUCCUGCUCUCCCUGCUCUUAAUUCUCAAGGCGGGAAGGAGAUGGAACAAAUAUUUUAAGUCGCGAAGACCCCUCUUUACAGGAGGUCUCAUCGGAGGCCUCUUCACCUACGUCCUGUUCUGGACAUUCCUCUACGGCAUGGUGCACGUCUACUGAAACGGGGGCAGGGAUGCCUUUUGUUUUUAAAAAAAAAAAAAAAAACAAAACAGAUUGAGAGAGGACUGUUGCCAGAAAUUAACACCGUGUAGACUUAACCUAGUUUUUAAAUUGUUGGUUCGCUGCUUGUUGUGUAACGUUAUAAAUAAUUUAUAUCUUAAGACGAGGAGCCUGUAAUGUUCUUCAGAUUAAAUGAAGCGUGAGACCCUU